AAUACCUUGCAAUGACUGCAGUGGUCGUCAAAAGGAAAGGAUCUGACUCCAAUGAAGGUGCUUCAACCAGCAAGCAGAGAAAACUUGAGGAAAGCACUAAAGUUUCUCAGAAGAGUGUUGACCAUGCAGUGAUAAACUUCAUUGUCCAGGGUUUGCACCCUUUUGGAAUAGUAGAACAGGCAGGAUUUCGAAGCCUGGUGCAGCAGCUUCAGCCUAAUUCUACUGUGAUAUCUCGUUCAACAGUUCGAACCAUGAUUGAAAAAAAUACAGCAGAAAUGAAGGCAAAUGUGAGAAAAGCAAUGCAAAAUAUCAAAUACAUUGCUACAACAACGGAUUCCUGGACUUCACACCGGCAGAGCUUUGUUGGAGUGACUGCUCACUGGAUAGAUCCUGAAAGUCUUGAGAGAUCAUCGGUAGCUCUUGCUUGCAGGCGACUUAAAGGUCCCCACACAUUUGACGCAUUGGCUGGUCUCCUCAACGAUAUUCAUACUGAGUUCAACAUCCGGGAGAAAAUUGUGAGAACCACCACUGACAAUGGCUCCAAUUUUGUUAAGGCCUUUAGGGUUUAUGGCCCUGAUGAAAACAACAGUCUGGACACAUCUAGUUUAGGAAGUUUAGCUGAAGGGCACCAAGUAGUGGAAGCAAAUGAAAAUGAGGAAGACGAUGCUCUGGGAGUGGAGGUAGAGGCUGUUGAGAUUGGAUCUCUCUUGGAUGAAGAAGAUGAUAGUUCAGAAUAUCAGCUACCGAAGCAUCAUCGCUGUGCCUGUCAUGUGCUUAAUCUGAUCUCAACAGUGGAUGCCACCAAAGCAAACUCAAAUGAGACUUACAAAAAGCUUUCACGUGCAUCAUUUGCCAAGUGUGGGGGUCUGUGGAACAAGAGUGCUCGAUCUACAAUAGCUGCUGAGGUAAUUGAAAGAGAGUGUAAGCUCCAACUCAUCCGCCCCAAUGACACCAGGUGGAACUCCCUGUUUCUGGCAGUGGAACGUAUACUGAGGAUCAUCAAAGACAAUGGAGAAGGGGCCAUCAGAGCAGUUUGCAUUGCACUUAAAGUUCCCAUGUUAAAUCCUGCUGAGCUUGCUUUCCUGACUGAAUAUGUUUCAACCAUGAGACCAGUCGUCAAGGCCCUCAACAUAAUGCAGGCAGAAGCAGACGUCCAUAUGGGAUGGCUGGUGCCCACCAUAAGCCUUCUGAGUGUGAAACUUGACCGCCUACGGAUCUCUGCUAAGUUCUGCCAGCCACUGAUUGAUGCACUUCAAGGAGGAAUACAGCAGCGCUUUGGACCCAUGCUUGCUGACCCUGAACUCAUUGCAGCAGCGAUUCUUCUUCCAAAGUUCCGAACAUCCUGGACAAGCAAUGAUGACAUGCUGAAAAUGGGACUGGACUACAUCAAGACAAACCUGGAUCAAGAGCCAGUGCAACUCGUUCGGAACAACUCAAGCUCAUCAGAUGAGGAGGACUACUUCAGAGUCAUUAAGAGCAACAUUCAAGAGACUACCAGACAGCUAGAUGCAUAUUUGGCCAGCACAAGUGAUACCAUGGAUAUUCUCAAGUCAGUUCCGGCAGUGUUUAAUUUGUCUUUAAAAGUAAACACACCUUUGCCCGCCUCAGCAGCCUGCGAAAGACUCUUCAGUAUAGCAGGACAAAUUUUCUCGCCCAAAAGAGCCAGGCUGGACUCUAAAAACUUUGAGAACCAACUUCUGCUUAAGCUGAACAAGAAAUUCUUGCCGUGAUGUUAAAAUGAGAAGUUAAUGUGGUGCUAUGAUUAGAGUAGGCUGACUGAAGCUGACCCCCACACUUUCUUCAAAUCAAUGUCAAAUGUUUUGUGCAGCAAAAUUUGAGUUUCUCCUGUUUUAUCUUUGAAAAUAUCAAUGGACGUUUAAAGGUAAUUUUGACUUUGUAAAUGGGGUGGGGGACUGGUUGACCUUUGGACCUUUAGACGCUCAUUAAUAUCUUCAAAGGUAAGCAAUACAAACAAAAAAAAAUUCUGCAUAAACAGCACAAAUGUUUGACACCAAUUGUCUGAUUUGAAGAAUGUGGGGGGACCAAUUUCAUUCAGAUCAGGCGCACCCAUUUACAGAGGCUACAGAACUUUAUGUGGCUGUUCCAAGUUGGACUCCUCUUCCUUGAUUGAAUGUCCUCAGCCCCUUUCUGUUAAGAGUUCUCUCAAAAUAGCUGGCAAAAAAGUUAAGUUCAUGUUUUGUUAGGACGAAAGACUAGAUGUUUCCAAAUCGCUUGAUGUUUGUUAGGUCAGUUUAAAGUCCCUUUUUUCAGGGAAACAAUUUUCUUUUGAACGUGUUUAUUUUGAAUUAAAUAAAACAUUUCAAAGGUAUAAUAAUUUCUCUCAUUUUGCCUAAUUACAUGUA